UGCACUGUCACAUGUAGUUUUAUGUCGGGCUACUUUCACUAUCGCAAGACUCAUCGGCAUCGAAUCGCCGGUUAGAAUCUGCGUAGGAGGUCUACGAAUCUGAGACAACUCUUAAAUUCUCACGUUAGUCAAGUAGAAUUUGACUUAAAGAGAAUCACCAGAUAUGGAGCAAUUAUUUUAUGGUGGAGCCAUGGUUGGAAUGUUGCCCCAUGAUGCGCAAGAUAUGAGCUUGCUGAGAGAAAUCCCAGAUAAUCAAGAGGUGUUUGCACAUGCCAAGACUGAUCAAAGUAUCAUCAUUGAAAUCAUGGAGUAUGUUCAGGAGCCUGAUGAAGUAGCACUAAGAAUUCACUUUGAGGAACUUGCUGAAAGUAAUGAUGCUUCUGGUUGUGAAAAGAGUUGUAUCCAGGCAGCUGGUGUUUUGGACCUCAGCCAGAUUUCCUUAAAAGAAUGCAAGAGUGUGUACUGGCUUACUGGACAGCAGCUUGUGUCAAAGUUCAAAGAAUCUGCUCUGAACAACGUUAAUAUUCACAUGGUUCUUUUCCGUUUACCAACGUUUAUGAGUGACAUUCUUGUCACCUUUAACGACCCUAUAAAUGUGAAUCCUGAAAGCAGCAGUCACCAUCCAAUGUCCACAGAAACAGUUCCAUGGACAAUGGAAAACUUUUGGACUCUAAUCAACUCUCUGACAUUAUUAGACUCAGGGCUGUUUGGCGAAGACAGAUCUUCAUAAUGUUUUAUAGGCCUGGCAAUUUUAGAAUACUGUCUUCAAAUACUAGAAAUGUUCUACAUGCAAAUUCACAAAAGUCACCAUAACUCAUCUUAAAGGAAGUAUACAGUUUAUUGUACAACUGUAUUUUGCAAGUCACUAGCUCAUCUUAAAGAGGUGCAUACAGUUUGUUGCACAUCCACAUUACAGCUGUUACCAUAUUUUUUACUUUCCUUCCCACCUGUAAUUUUCUAUCUAUCAAGUUUAAGAAAAUUGAACAGUUCUGCUCUGUCUGUACAUAUUUGCAUGUGUGUGUGGACCUGGUUUUGUAGGGUGGUGGUGGUGGAUAUGUAUUAUAAGAUGCGAGUACAAUUUAAUGAAAGCUAAAAUAUAAUAAAGUAUUUUUAAUAA